AGUAAGUUUAGGUGAUUGGUCCAGAGCUGUUAGAUACAUAAAUAAUGUUUUCCAGAACUUUGGUCACUGGGUGGUUGGUUAUGUGGAUUGGAACAUUGCCCUGGAUGAAUCUGGAGGUCCGACGGGACCCUCCAAAGUGCCUCUGGAAGCUUCAGUCAUCAUUAAUGCAACAAGAGGGGAGUUCUACAAACAACCUAUAUUUUAUGUUCUUGGGCAUUUUUCCAAAUUUAUUCCAGCCUGGUGCUAAAAGAAUUGAUGUUACAAUCAGUCAAGACUCGAUUUUGUGCUCAUGGAAAGAAAUUUCAAGGAGAAAUGAAAGUCAGCACAACUGCCAGUCCAUUCCCCACGAGGAAAGCCAGAUCCUCCAAGCAAUGUAG